UGAGAAGCCAGAGCUGUGAACUAUCUUUCAGUGUACUAUCUUUGUCUGGCUCAACAGCUGGGUGGAACUCAGACAAAAAAAAAAAAAAAAAAAAGGAGAAGAAGAAAAGUUGCUUCAAUGACACUUUUUGUUGGGAUGACAGCUUGAACGUGAGAUAAGCCCGUUCUUGUGUCAGGAGGAGAGCACUUUCACCUGGACCGCCAUGGAUUUUAACGUUAAGCGCUUAGCCGCGGACGCCGGUACUUUCCUGAGCCGCGCGGUGCAAUUUACAGAAGAGAAGCUUGGACAGGCUGAGAAGACUGAGCUGGAUGCCCAUUUGGAGAACCUCUUAGGCAGAGCUGAGAACACCAAGCAAUGGACAGAGAAGAUCAUGAAGCAGACAGAAGUCUUACUACAACCUAAUCCAAAUGUUCGACUGGAAGAAUUUGUGUACGAGAAGCUGGAGAAAAAAGCCCCCGCACGAAUCAACAACCACGACUUGCUGGGCCACUCCAUGAUCGAAGCCGGAAGCGACUUUGGUCCGGGGACUGCUUAUGGAAACGCUCUGAUAAAAUGCGGCGAGACGCAGAAGCAGAUCGGCGGAGCCGAGCGGGAGUUCAUCCAGAGUUCUGCCAUCAACUUCCUGACGCCUUUUCGAAAUUUUCUAGAGGGCGACUUCAAAACCAUCCUGAAAGAACGAAAGCUUCUACAGGUCAAACGUUUGGAUCUAGACGCAGCCAAAACCCGGCUAAAGAAAGCCAGGAUGCCUGACGCAAGAGCUGCAGCAGAGCAGGAGCUGAGGAUGACCCAGAGUGAGUUCGACCGACAGGCAGAGAUCACGCGUCUGCUGCUAGAGGGCGUCAGCAGCACUCAUGCACACCAUCUACGCUGCUUGAAUGACUUUGUGGAGGCCCAGACGACGUACUACGCACAGUGUUACCAGUACAUGGUGGACCUCCAAAAGCAACUCGGCAGUUUCCCAUCCUCAUUCUCCAACAACAACCAGUCGUCCAUGUUGGGCGGGGCCAGCGUUUCAGUGCCCACCGCACCCAUGUCUGCCUCUCUGCCCAGCGUCUCGGCAGGCAGCUUGGCGGCGGCGGCGGGCGGAUUCAGCGAGCUGCGGAGCUCCAACGGCAGCCGCAAAGCGCGGGUCCUUUACGACUACGACGCCGCCAGCAGCAACGAACUCUCCCUGCUGGCCGACGAGGUGAUCACAGUUAGCAGUGUCCAAGGCAUGGACUCAGACUGGCUGAUGGGGGAGCGAGGCAACCAGAAGGGCAAAGUGCCAAUCACCUACCUAGAGUUGCUCAACUGAGGCACAAAUCCUCUCUCUCUUCUCUCUCUCUCUCUCUCUCUACUCACAUCCUGUGCAACCAGCUGUGAUUCUGUAUUUAUACCAUGCUGCAGGGACAGGCCUCACUUUCUAUUUCAUUCAGUUUUUUUCUUUCAUGUUUCUUUUGUUAAAAAAAAAAAAAGAAAAAAAAAAAAAGAUGGACUCUGUUAUGCCGCAGACUUUAGCAGGAAUAAAUAAAUCUGAAUGACAGGAGAGCGGAUGGACCUUUUUCCUCAUUAGUUUGCAGAAAAUCUCUUAAACCUUCUUUGAUGCCUUUGGGUUUGGUUCUACUCGAACUGAAACACGUGCCACACUUUUGAAGAUUUUGUUUACAAAAUUGAUCUCAGAUGGUAACCCUAAAUGCUCCCCUCCUUUCCGUACUGGAAAAAAAAGCACUUCAGCUUGAAGUGAAGAGUUUUGCUAAAUAUUUUUAAUUCUUAUUUUAUAAGCGAUAAUCUGGAGGAGCAGUAGCUGUUAUGGUUGUCCUGAAAAUGAAUUUCGUUUGGACCUUAUUGUUUGCGCUUUGCCACAGAUGUGUUAGCAUGAAGCUCGAAGCCGUUUCUGUUCUUGUCCAAUGGAUUGUUGGAAUAUUGCCUUCUACAAUCUGCAUCUACUCCAUCAGUAUUGAGCUCAGUCUGUUAAGUAUUGAUUACUAAUUUUUCAACCCUCCAACGGAAAGCUUUUUUCCACCAGUUUUGCGGGACACAAAUCAGCCACGGCUGUGCUUAAAAUAAUAAUAAAAAAAUAAUAAUUCUGCCUUGUUCUGGAAAGAAAACUUGGUAUUUGUUUCUCUGGUUUUGAUCAGCUUGCUGUUUUACUAAAGAAAAUGUUUGCAGUAAAGAUUACUAACCCAUCUGGACUGACAUCAAGUUUGCAUUUCAACUUUUAUAUGAGCUGUAUUGUUGCAUUUGAGGCCGUAUUACAAAAUCGAGCUUUUGUAUUUUGUGUAAGUGAUGCAGUGGCAUGUGAUUGUAAAAUAAAUAUGAAAUAUGAACCAUCGAAA